AUGUCGCCUCACUGUAGAGAUAUGUGGGCACCUUCGACUUCGAAUGCGACUGCUUUGGCCAAGCCUAAUACUAUAUCUUUGUUAGAGGCAGUGGAGAAAGAGGUCGUCCAUAAUGAGCUUGUUUUUUCGGCCUUAGGGCUUAUUGGACGUUUCAGGGGUGUGUGGCCUAGUCUGAGUGCUCUUCAUAAGUGGAUUGUUGAUCAUUGGGAGCCCAUUGUAGAUGAUAGUGUGCAGAUUUACCUUCAUGCUCGAGGGUUUUUUGUUCUGGUUUUCCAAACUAUGGAGGAUAGAAAUAAAAUACUUGGUGGUUGCCAAUGGUGCUGGGAGGACAGUAAUCCAUUGAUGCUUAAACUGUGGCAUCUGAAUUUCAACCCUGAGUCAGAAUCCUUUGAUUGCUCUCCUAUGUGGAUUCGACUUCCAAACCUUCCGUUGCAAUACUGGUUUGACUCGUGUUUUGAAGCUAUUGGGAACUCUCUCGGUAAGUUAUUAUUGACUGAUGAUGGCUCUCUCAAUUUGUUGCAUACAAAUUUUGUUUGUAUCUUGGUGGAGAUGGAUACGUCUAUGGAUCUCCCUUUGGUGAUAUCUAUUUCUACAUCAAAGGGUAGUUGGCUUCAGUCUGUGGAUUAUGAAGGGAUUUCUUUUAGGUGUAGGCGAUGCUUUAAGAUUGGACAUAAUGUUGAUUCCUGUGCUAAGCGUUUGGCUGGUGGUUUGGUUGGCGUGAAUGAGGGAGGUUUUCAAGAGGGUUGCAGCUCCUUUCAGGUUGCUAAGGGGGGUGUACAGAAGAUGGAGGAUGGUCCUAGCUCUCAGGGGGGUUUAAAUGUAGGCAUGGUUGAGGGGAUUCAGCCUGAGAAUCAAUGUUGGGAUAGUAAGGGGUUGGUAGGAAUGGACAUGCAAAAUCUGAAAUCAUUGGAGGAUGCAAAAAUUAUGGAUGGAUUGAGGUGA